AUGGAAACAUCCCCCGAUGUGUUUUCCUCACAUCACCCCGUCGUCCGAGCCUGCAAGGAAAUUGCAUUCGGCAGUGUGCGUGCUCGCGUCGCGGGGAUGGUGUCGAAGGUCUUUGAGCAUCCUUUCGAUCUAGCCAAAGUGCGCCUGCAGUCCCAGGUUCUCGACGCCACUGCGCGAUUUAGCGGUCCUAUCGACUGUCUCACAAAAACCUGGCGUAAUGAAGGUAUGCGGGGAUUGUAUCGGGGGCUGCCAGCACCGAUUGUAGGUGCCAUGGCCGAAAAUGCCUCGCUUUUCCUGGCGUAUGGCGAGCUGCAAAAUGUCGUUCGUAGGAUUUACGCCCAGCCUCUCCCUGAAAAACUGUCAAUGGCCCAGCUGGCCGUAGCCGCCGCUGGCGCUGGUGCUAUCACUAGCUUCGUCUUGACCCCCAUUGAGCUCAUAAAAUGCAAGAUGCAGGUGCAGAUGCUCGUCAACCCGGCUUUGGCUUCGGCCACUGCUACUGCUGGCGGAAGUAGUCGUGGUAGGGCCCUUGGUCCUAUCUCCGUGCUCUUAUCCGUCGUACGAACGACCGGUAUUCGGGGCCUCUGGCUCGGCCAAACUGGCACGCUGAUCCGAGAAACAGGCGGGACGGCCGCCUGGUUCUCCACCAAAGAGUUCGUCGCGACCUAUCUCGUCAACAAACGCACGCAAAGGGACCCGGGGUCUGUGACGUAUGCUGGUGGCGCAGGCUCGGAGGAUGGGAGGGGGACGGGCAAGCCGGAACUGCUGGUGUGGGAGUCGGCAGUGAGUGGAGCGAUUGCAGGAGCGACGUUUAACUUUGUGCUAUUCCCGGCGGAUACGGUGAAGAGUGCUAUGCAGACGGAGGAUGAGAUGAGGCCGCGGGGCGUGGGGGAUGCGAAGGGGAAGGGGCGAAAUUUCUUCCAGACAUUUGGCGCGAUGUAUAGGGCGCAGGGGAUCAGAGGGUUGUACGCUGGAUGUGGGGUUACGGUCGCGAGGUCCAUCCCGAGUAGCGCGAUUAUAUUCGUGAUAUAUGAUCAGCUGAGUAGGAGAUUUGGAUAG